AGACGGUAGUAGUGUGGAAGGAGCCACGAGAGGACCUGUCUUGAGAGAAAGGGAGGUUCUUGCUUGGGCUGUGGAGAUGGCGGCAGUGAGCAUAGGGCGCGCGGCAACGGCGAGAGCGGCAAGUGCUAGUGUCUUUCAAGGAAGGAGGCUAGACAGAGAGAUCAAUUGCAAUGGGAGGUAUCACACAGGCGUGUCGUCGUCGUCGGCGGUUGGACCGUCAGCAACAGCUGCAGGUAGUACAACAUCUCAAUCUUCUCGGCGACGGCAUCAGUAUUCGCGGCAAAGGAUGUGUAAAUUCGUUGGACUUAAGGCAUUCUCCAUGGCUGAUCUCUCUCCCGGCGAGGAUGUGAGGUCAGCGAUGGAUCUUAUGGGGAAAAGAAGUUAUGUUUGCAAAUCUUGCACGCGGAGGAGAGCAGUGACGACCUGCAUGGCAGGCGAUACUGAAAACAGGGAGUACCCUCUAGAGCGCUAUCGAAAUAUCGGUAUUAUGGCACACAUAGACGCGGGAAAGACAACGACGACAGAGCGUGUUCUGUUCUAUACUGGGAAAAACUACAAGAUUGGCGAGGUUCACGAGGGGACUGCCACAAUGGACUGGAUGGAACAGGAGCAAGAGCGCGGAAUCACGAUCACAUCUGCCGCAACCACUUGCGAGUGGAAUGGAUUCAGGAUCAACAUCAUUGAUACCCCUGGUCAUGUGGACUUCACCUUGGAGGUGGAGCGUGCGCUACGCGUGCUCGAUGGGGCAAUCUGUCUUUUCGACAGCGUGGCUGGCGUUGAGCCCCAGUCAGAAACUGUGUGGCGUCAAGCCGACAAGUAUGGUGUCCCACGGAUUUGCUUCGUAAACAAGAUGGACAGAAUGGGCGCGAACUUCUUUCGCACUCGCGACAUGAUUGAGAGCAAUCUGGGAGCCAAUCCCCUGGUGUUGCAGCUGCCAAUUGGCGCAGAAGAGACUUUCGAAGGCGUGAUCGAUCUUGUCAAAAUGGAGGCUGUGCUGUGGUCUGGUGAGGAGUUGGGUGCCAAGUAUUCUUACCAGCCCAUUCCUGAGGACCUGGCAGAGCAAGCAAGGGAGUACAGGGACAUGAUGGUGGAGAUUGCGGUGGAGCAGGAUGACGAAGCAAUGGAGGCUUACUUGGAAGGAAACGAGCCCGAUGAAGAGACUCUAAAAAAACUCAUCAGGAGGGGGACGAUCAAUGGUGCGUUUGUGCCAGUGCUCUGCGGGUCUGCAUUCAAGAACAAAGGUGUUCAGUUGCUACUAGAUGCAGUCGUCAGCUUCCUCCCAUCGCCGCUGGACCUUCCGCCCAUGAAAGGAACGGAUAUCGAUGAUGCGGAGAAGGAGAUGAUCCGCAUGCCAGACGAUAAGGAGCCUUUCAGCGGCUUGGCGUUCAAGAUCAUGACCGACCCGUUCGUUGGCUCGCUGACGUUCCUGCGCGUUUACAGCGGCGUGCUGACUGGUGGCUCGUACGUUCUCAAUUCGGCAAAGAACAAGAAGGAGCGCGUCGGGCGGCUCUUGGAGAUGCAUGCAAACAGUCGGGAAGACAUCAAGGUGGCAAGGACGGGUGACAUUGUUGCACUGGCAGGCCUCAAGGAGACAAUCACGGGAGAUACGCUCUGCGAUGCUGAUAAACCCAUCAUCCUUGAGCGGAUGGAUUUCCCCGACCCCGUAAUCAAGGUGGCAAUUGAGCCAAAGACAAAGGCAGAUGUUGAUAAGAUGUCCACCGGAUUAAUUAAGCUUGCACAAGAGGACCCCAGCUUCCACUUCUCGAGAGAUGAAGAAACCAAUCAGACUGUGAUUGAAGGAAUGGGUGAGCUGCACCUUGAGAUCCUCGUCGACAGACUUCGUCGAGAGUUCAAGGUGGAAGCAAAUGUCGGUGCGCCGCAGGUCAAUUACAGGGAAAGCAUAUCGAGGGUCUCGGAAGUGAAAUACGUCCACAAGAAGCAAUCAGGAGGGCAGGGGCAGUUUGCAGAGAUUGUUGUGCGAUUCGAGCCCAUGGAGGCGGGAAGCGGGUACGAGUUCAGAAGUGAAAUCAAGGGAGGGGUUGUUCCGAGGGAGUACAUCCCUGGAGUCAUGAAGGGUCUGCAGGAGUGCAUGUCCAAUGGCGUAUUGGCUGGCUAUCCAGUCGUGGAUCUCAGGGCGACACUUGUCGACGGAUCCUAUCACGAAGUGGACUCGAGCGUACUCGCAUUCCAGCUUGCAGCGAGGGGUGCAUUCCGAGAAGGAGUGUCUAAGGCGGGACCGCGGCUUCUUGAGCCGAUCAUGAAGGUGGAAGUUCUAACGCCGGAGGAACACCUGGGGGAUGUUAUUGGUGACCUGAACUCUCGGCGAGGCCAGAUUGAGUACUUCGGCGAGAAACCGGGAGGAUUGAAGGUUGUGAGUGCCUAUGUCCCAUUGUCGGAGAUGUUCCAGUACGUGAGCAAUCUGCGGGGAUUGACAAAAGGCAGAGCCAAUUACACAAUGCAGCUGGAGAAGUUUGAGGUUGUGCCUACCCUCAUCCAGCAGGCGAUCUCGGCAAAAACCCAAGGAGUUGCUGCCUAAGGCCUUGUGAACCAACUAGCCAACUAGCUAGUGCUCUUUUGAUAGAAUCUGCUUGACAGUGGGACCAGAUUCACCAGAUACAUCGCCAAAAGUCCUGUCGCCGGGUUGCCUGGGCGGAGAGGAGGAUACCUGCUUGCAUUGCGUUGGUUCAGAGAGGAUUUUGGCACGUUGCCCGACUUGACUUGAGUCCCUCUGAUUGUGUAUGCGCCUGUGCAAGGCGGACCGCAUCACACCCCGCUUGCGUCCAAACCCUAAUGACUCUGCCUCCCUCUUCUGAAUGUUCCUGGAACUUUCCGGCGAUUGUCAUUGCUAGGAUCUCUCGACAACAGGUGCGAUGCAUUCCAUCCGAAGAGCUGGUGGGGCAGGGGGUGGCAGGAGGAGGGGAGGGGAGGGGAGUGAGGGAGGCGAGAGGGGGUAGGAGAGGGGAGCCUCCAGGGCAUACACGAGAGCAAAGAGAAGCAAGGAGAGAGGAGAAAGGGAGGGGAGUGGAAUGGAGUGAGAGCGAGAGGAGAGGGGAGAGAGAGAGAGCAGUAGAAAUGAAGGAGGGGAACCUGAGGAAAUAGGUGAGCGGAUUACAGUUGGCAAGAGUAGAGAGAGGAGAAGCGAGGCGAUCAGGAGGAAUUAAGUAGAGAGAAGAGGAAACGAAGGUGGUGAGGAGAAGAGGAUGGCGAGAAAGAUAACAAGAUUGUGGGCAGAGAAAUGCGGGGGGGAAGAGCAGCUUGCUCUACCAUGUGCAGAUCUGUGAAGAGAGCAUUGUUGUGUGCAGAAAAAAGUGAUUGAGCUCACUCACUUGCCACCUGCGACUCCCCCUUCCUCUCCCCCCCCCCCCCGGCCGCCAUGUGUCCGGCAAAGGGCCUUGCGAAAACGAAAAAAUGGUGGUGGCCUUGGUGGUGAGGGGUUUGCUGAGUUUUAUCAGAAUGAAGAGGAGUAUGUUACCAUGUUAGCGUAGACUCCUGUCCGAUUUGUCUGCCCCCGAAGUUAUAUCACCUGUAUCAGCCGUCUACACUAGGGUUAGCAUGAUACAGGUGAUAUAUGUUAGUGUAGACUCCUGUAGACGCCUGUAUGCCCCUACUUUUGACACGUAUAUGUCCUCCUUUACAUAAUGUUGUAUAGUCUUGAAGAAGGUAGUUUAGGAUGAGUCAUCAUGAAUUCAUCUGUGUGUACUUGAUGUUUUGAAACUGUGAUGAUGACAUGCACAUGCGCCAAAAAGUUUGUGAGUGACGAUUUGAGUGUUUGCUAUUUUGUUUGUUUGUUUGUAACGUUGCAAGGCGGGGAAAGUUGCUUCGCUUGCUCCUCCUUCCUUUUCGAGUGAGUAAUCACUGUAAAGUUUAAACUAUGGCGAGCCUGCUGAUUGACCAAUGAAUUUUGAAGAUUGUU